GGAAGAAGGGUCCAUUCCUUUUUGGCUGGCUCUGGUGUGUCUAUCGGGUCCUUUCCCCAUAACCAUUUUUUAAAAAUGAAGAAAUACUUCGCUUGAUCCCCAAUCAGAUGGUCUUCUGGGCUGUACUCUUUUUUUUCCCUCCCAUCAGGUCACAAAGAGGACAACCAGAAACGGAUGGAACCACUCCUUCUGACCCUGAAAAGAACCAAUUGAGAAGGAGAAAAGGAGAAUAUUCGGGAGGCAGACAAUAACUGACAAAAACAAAUCUCACCAAGAGAUAACAAGUCAAUUCAUAGAAAACACGUGACUAUGAAGAAUGAAUGUAUUUCACAUGAAAACCCUCUCAAUGGAGAGAAACAGUAUAACUGUAUGCAGUGUGGAAAAAGCUUUAGGCAAAGGAAGUACCUAAGUAGACAUCAAAGAACUCACACAGCAGAGAAGCCAUAUGGAUGCAUGGAAUGUGGAAAGAGCUUCAGUCAAAGGGGUGCCUUAAAUACACAUCAAAGAACUCACACAGGAGAGAAGCCAUAUGAAUGCAUGGGAUGUGGAAGGAGCUUCAGUCACAAAAAGAAGCUAAGUUUGCAUCAAAGAACUCACACAGGAGAGAAGCCAUAUGAAUGCAUGGGAUGUGGAAGGAGCUUCAGUCACAAAAAGAAGCUAAGUUUGCAUCAAAGAACUCACACAGCAGAGAAGCCAUAUGGAUGCAUGGAAUGUGGAAGGAUCUUCAGUAACAAAAAUAACCUAAGUUUGCAUCAAACAACUCACACAGGACAGAAGCCAUAUGAAUGCAUGGAAUGUGGAAGGAUCUUCAGUAACGAAAAUAACCUAUGUUUGCAUCAAAGAACUCACACAGGAGAGAAACUAUAUGAAUGCAUGGAAUGUGGAAAGAGCUUCAGUCGGAGUGGUACCCUUAUUUCGCAUCAAAGAACUCACACAGGGGAGAAACCCUAUAAAUGCCUGGAAUGUGGAAAGAGCUUCAGUCGGAGUGGUACCCUUAUUUCGCAUCAAAGAACUCACACAGGGGAGAAACCCUAUAAAUGCCUGGAAUGUGGAAAGAGCUUCAGUCGGAGUGGUACCCUUAUUUCGCAUCAAAGAACUCACACAGGGGAGAAACCAUAUAAAUGCAUUGAAUGUGGAAAGAGUUUCAGGACUAGCAGUACCCUAAGUUUGCAUCAAAGAACUCACACAGGGGAGAAAGCAUAUAAAUGCAUGGAAUGUGGGAAGAAUUUCAGGCAUAGCAAUGCCCUAAGAUUGCAUCAAAGAACUCACACAGGGGAGAAAGCAUAUAAAUGCCUAGAAUGUGGAAAGAGUUUCAGGCACAGAAAUACUUUAAGUUUACAUCAACGAACUCCCACAGGGGAGAAACCAUAUAAAUGCAUGGAAUGUGGAAAGACCUUUAGUCAGAGAAGUAACCUUCAUUCACAUCAAAGAACUCACACAGGGGAGAAACCACAUAAAUGCCUGGAAUGUGGGAAGAGCUUCGGUCAAAGUGGUACCCUACAUUCACAUCAUAGAGUUCACACAGGGGAGAAACCAUAUAAAUGCAUGGAAUGUGGGAAGAGCUUCAAACGGAGUGAUAGUCUUAAAAACCACCAAAGAAUCCACACUGGGGAGAAACCCUAUGAAUGCUCAGAGUGUGGAAAGACCUUUACCUGGAAAUUAUCCCUCAAAAACCAUCAAAGGGUCCACACCGGAGAGAAGCCCUAUCCAUGCUUUGAAUGUGGGAAGAGCUUCGGUCAGAAUUCAGAGCUCAAAAGCCACCAAAGACUCCACUCAGGGGAGAAGCCCUACGAAUGCUCAGAGUGCGGAAGAAGAUUCGGAUACAGUUCAAACCUUAGGGAGCAUCAAAAAAUCCACACAGGGGAGAAGCCCUAUAAAUGCGUAGAGUGUGGAAAGAGUUUUAGUCGAAGUGCGUUCCUUAAAAGCCAUGAGCGAAUCCACACAGGGGAGAAACCCUACAAAUGUUUAGAAUGUGGCAGGCAGUACAGACGCACCUCAAACCUUUACUCACAUCAGAAAAGCCACAUGUUGGGGAACGGAGGUGGAGAAGGUGGGAAGAGCGUCAGCCGGGACUCCACCUUGAGAAGGCAUCAAAGUGGCCACGCUGGGGAGAAACCUCACAAAUGCUCAGCCUGUGGAAAGAGCUUCAGUCAGAGGUCAACCCUUAAAAGCCACCAAAGAGUUCAUACAGGGGAGAAGCCGUACAAAUGCACAGAAUGUGGAAGGAGCUUCAGUGAGAGUGUGUCCCUCAAAAACCAUACAAAAAUCCACACCGGGGAGAAGCCAUACCAGUGCUCAGAGUGCGGAAGGAGAUUCAGCCUCAGAUCCUACCUGUCACACCACAAAAGAGUCCACACUGGGGAGAAGCCCUACAAAUGUGCCGUGUGUGGUGUGUCUUUUCGUUGGAGCUUCUCCUUUCGAGUGCAUCAAAGCAGCCAUACUGCCGAUAAGCCGUACCAGUGCUCGGAGUGCGGAAGGAGUUUCAGCCAUCGGUCCUACCUUGCACACCACAAGAGUGUCCACACUGGGGAGAAGCCCUACAAGUGCUCAACGUGUGGGUCGUGCUUCACCCAGAAGUCAUCCCUGGAAAAACACCAGAGAAUUCAUACCGGGGAGAAGCCCUUUCAGUGCUUGGUGUGCGGAAGGACGUUCAGAGAGGUGACCCUUCUCAAGAACCAUGAGAGCAUCCACACCGGGGAGAGGCCCUGUCCAUGCUCUGAGUGUGGGAAGAGCUUCAGUCGAAAUGCGGACCUCAAAGCCCACCAAAGACUCCACUCGGGGGAGAAGCCCUACCAGUGCUCAGAGUGUGGAAGGAGCUUCAGGUACAGCUCAAACCUGAGGGAACAUCAAAGAAUCCACACUGGGGAGAAGCCCUAUAAGUGCUCCGAAUGUGGAAAGAGCUUCAAUCAAGGUGCAGGCCUUAGAAAGCACGAAAGAGUCCACACAGGAGAGAAACCCCAUAAGUGCCCAGAGUGUGAGAAAAGCUUCUCCGAUAGAAAUACUCUUAAAGAGCACCAAAGAGUCCACACUGGGGAGAAACCUUUCAAAUGCUUGGAGUGUGGGAAGCAGUUCCGACGCAGCUCAGACCUUUCCUUGCACCAGAAACUCCACACGGGGGAGAAUAAAUGUGAGGAAUGUGGGAAGAGCUUCAGCCAGAGAUCAGAUCUUACAAAGCAUAGAAGAGUCCACACCGGGGAGAAGCCCUAUAAAUGCCUCGAGUGUGGGAAGAGCUUCAGUCAGAGCUCAGCCCUUAAAAGCCACCAAAAGGUCCACACUGGGGAGGACCCCUAUAAAAGCACUGAAGGUGGGAAGAGCCAAAGUCUUCACACGGGGGAAAAUCCCUACAAAUGCUCCGAGUGUGGAAGGACCUUCAGAUACAACUCGAAGCUGAAGAUACAUGAAAGGAUUCACACUGGAGAGAAGCCUUAUAAAUGUCCUGAAUGUGGGAAGAGCUUCAGUCAAAAUUCAGAACUCAAAAGCCAUCAAAGGCUUCACACGGGAGAGAAACCCUACAAAUGCUCAGAGUGUGGGAGAUGCUUUAGGUGCAGCUCAAAGCUGACGGUACAUCAAAGACUUCACACAGGGGAGAAGCCCUAUAAAUGCCUCGAGUGUGGGAAGAGCUUCAGUCAGAGCUCAAACCUUAAAAACCAUCAAAGAGUCCACACUGGAGAGAAGCCUUAUAAAUGCCUCGACUGCGGAAAGAGCUUCAGUCAGAAAUCCUCUCUUAAAAGGCAUGAAAGUAUGCACACCGGGGAGAGGCCUUACGAAUGUUCAGAGUGUGGGAAAAGCUUCGGUCACAUCACGAACCUUAAAAACCACCAAAGGCUCCAUACAGGGGAGAAACCCUAUGAAUGCUCAGAGUGUGGGAAGCGCUUCACUCAAUGCGGAGGCCUUAAAAGCCAUCAAAGAAUCCACACAGGAGAGAAACCCUACCAGUGCUCGGAGUGCGGUAAAAGUUUUGCAAAUAAAAACGCCCUCAAGGUGCACCAGAGAACCCACACAGGGGAGAACCCGUACAAAUGCGUGGAUUGUGGAAAGAGCUAUGCCCAAAAAUCCACUCUUUUAAGACAUCAGAGAAUUCAUACUGCCCAGAAAGCCCACAAGUGCUCCAAGUGUGGGAAAGAUUUCCCCAACUCAACUGCUCUUAAACGGCAUAAAAAAAUGCACACCAAGGAGGAGCCUAAUGAAUGUUUAGAGUGUGGGAAAAGCUUCAGUGGGAGCCCAGACCUUAAAAACCAUCCAAGAGCCCAUGCAGGGGAGAAACCCUGUAAGUGCACAGAGUGUGGGAAAUGCUUCAGUCAAUACAUAGCCCUCAGAGCCCAUGAAACCAUCCACACAGGAAAGAGACUCUGUAGUUGCUCGGAGUGCGGCAAAAACUUUUCUACUAAAAAGACUCUCAGGGAGCAUCAAAGAAUCCACACUGGGGAGUUUCCAUGUCAAUGCUUGGAGUGUGGAAAGAGGUUCAGAUACAGCGCAAGCCUUUCUGUCCACCGAAGGCUCCACGGUGGGAAGCAUGAAAAUACAGACUGUGGUCGCAAUGCAGAACUCAAACGCGAUCAAAGCCUUCACCCGGGAGAGAAUGGCCCAUACAAAUGCCCCGAGUGUGGAAGGAGCUUCAAUUACAAGUCGAGCUUGAACACCCACCUCCGAAUCCACACAGGGGAGAAGCCCUAUCAAUGCUCUGUCUGUGGAAAGGCUUUCGCUUGGAAACCAUCCCUGACGUGUCACCAAAGAGUCCACACAGCGGAGAAGACUCACAAAUGCCCCGAGUGCGGAAGGGCCUUCCGUUGCAAUGCAUCCCUGGAGAGGCAUCAAAGAAUCCACAUGAAGAAGAAGCCUCACGAAUACUCAGAGUGUGGGGAAAGCUUCAGUCACAUCGCCAGCCUUCAAAUCCAUGAACGAAUCCAUACGAGGCAGAAGCCUUAUGCGUGCUUAGAGUGUGGGAAACGUUUUUCGCAUACGACCGUCCUUAAACAGCACAGAAGUACACACAUGGGGGGAAAACCUAAUGAAUGUUUAGAGUGUGGGAAAAGCUUCAGUCAUGUCCCAAACCUUAAAAGCCAUCAAAGAAUCCAUACAGGGGAGAAUCCCUAUCAGUGCUCAGAGUGUGGAAAGACUUUUGCUUGGAAGUCAUCCUUGACGUGCCAUCAAAGAGUCCAAACGGGGGAGAAGUCCACCCUCAAGAGCUUCGAGUGCGGAAGGAACUUCAGCAGCAAUACAUCACUUGAAAGGCUCCAAAGAGGUUUCCUGGAAGCAAGGAACCUUACUCAUUCUGAGAGCUUGAGAAGACCUGGGGAGACAGGAGGGGCCUUCAGGGCCAUGGAGGAGUCCAGGGAAUUCCAAAGUCCGAGAAUUUCAGAGAGUCCCCCAAGAGCAUCAUUUCAAAGUGGUAAUCUUAGGACAUAUGAAGGAAGAUACAGGAAGAAGAAUCCUAAAACAGGAUGCCAUGACUUUACUUGGGUAAGACCUUUAAGUGGGGAACAGUCUUCAAUUCUCAAAGAUGCAAAAGAGGUCAAUUGAACAAUGAAACCUUAAUGAUACUUGAUUGGAAUGCAAAAGUAGGAAACAAAAUGGAACCAGAGAUGGACUCUCAGAAUUCUGUGGAGCCAAGUGUCUCUUCAUUACUAACACCAGCUUCACGCAACCAGAUAAUGGUAUACAUGGAGAUUCCCAGAUGGACUAUUUAGAAAUCAAGGCAACUACAUAAUUGGAAGAAAGAGUUGGAGAAGCUGUAUUCUCUCUGCCAUAACAAGACCAGGAGCCAACUGUGGUAGUGAUCAUGAACUGUCAAAUAUCAAACCUUAGAGUAAAACUGAAGAAGAGUACGAAAAAGAAUCCUAGUGCCAAAGUAUAAUUUAAACAUCAUUUCUGUUGGAUUUAAAAUCCACAUAAAGAACAGAUUUUCACUAAACUUAAUUGACCAUGAAUGAGAAGAAUUGCGGGUUGAAACCGGAGAUAUUAUUCAGGAAGAAAGCAAAAAGACUGCUUCUAUUGUAAGAAGAAAUUCUUAUCACCCUCCAUGGGAUGAUGGAAGAAAAUGUUGAAAUUGUUACAGACAGGCAAGAAGCAAAAGUAAAAGAGCACAGAAGUAGACUCAGAAUCCUGAAU